AUGCCGCGGUUCGCUCUCUGGUCCUCACCCUCACCAUCACCUUCACCUUCGCCCAGCGAAAGCAAGAGCGCCGCGGCCACCAGCUCCUCGUCCUCGUCCUCACCCCGGCCAUCUUCCCCGACGACGCCGGCGACACAUUCGCCCGAUACCGCCGCUACUUCGCCCUCAAGUUCCACGCUUCGCCCACCGCCCUCCACCGCCUGGGCGGCCAAAGACAUUGUCCUCGAUCCGCAGCUGCCCGCUUCGCACCUCCGCACCGAGAUCUACAACCAACUCCAGGCGCUCGACGAGCAGCAGGACAAGAUCGCGGUGCAUCUCUCCCGCCUGCCUCCCCUGCCUGGCAGUAGGAGAGCGGCAGGCAUCGACAGCGACCAUGACGAGGUAGAGGAAGACGGCUACGAGAUCGUCGCGUCCCGACCCGCAGCAGCCGCAACCUUCGGCGAUCACGUUGAAGACGAAGAUGAAGAGAUGGUCAUGGUUGAAGAUGUCAACGUCGAGCAGAGGAGGAAGAGAUACAUGGCCGAUCUGGCGGCGAUAUGGAGGCAGAGGGAGCAGGUCAGGACCAAGGCCAGGAUGAUUGGGGUGCAGGUGGAUGGGUGGGGAAGAAGGGGCGACGGUCUCAUGACCCUGGAAGACGACGGAGCAGCGGCGGCGGCGGCGGCGAUGGUCGACUAA